AUGAACCCAGAAGACAUAGAUUAUAUACAGGAUAUGGUCAAAGUGUACAUCUCGCGUGGUGUCGACAUCGAAGCCUGGUAUAACGAGGGAUGGACUGCCCUUAAUCACGCCCUGGAUGCAGACAAUUCCCCAGGUUUCCGGACCUCUGUAGAACACGGUGCAGAUACUAACGUUCAGAGCAACGAAAACAAAAGCAUACUCAUGCCAGCAAUUGGCCAGAAUGACCACGAAAUGCUAUCACAUCUUCUCACAUAUGCUUCUAUCGAGAUGAUCAGCUGUAUGGAUCAUCGUGUUCGGGGUAUGCUCCACCACGCUGGCCACCGAGGGAAACGCUGGGAUCCACACACUCUACUCGGACACGGGACCGAACUCCGAGAAUUGGUAGAGAGCUUCCAUUGUCUUUUGAAUGAGUUGAAAGAUUUGUCGAAUCGGCGGCGAAUGUCAAAUUACAAUUUUAAGGGGCUAGCAACUACAGAAGCAGUGGCAGAAGCAAGUGAUGAAGACGAAGAGUUUCUGAGUUGCAAAGAUAAGCAAGAGGCGUUUGAUCGUGAUAAUGUGCCGGCUGUUGAUGCAGGUAGUCAGAACGAAGAAACUGCUAGAGAGGAAGCAUAUACUCGCAGUAAGUAG